AUGAAGGAGACAGCGGUUGUGGCUUGUUUGCUGGCUGAGCUGUCUCUAGCUGCUUUUGUUCUGGCCUCCGAGGGGGCCGCUCAUUGCCCUGCAUUGUGUCGAUGUGAGAUACGACCCUGGUUCUCACCCAGCUCUAUUUACACUGAGGCUGCCACUGUGGACUGUAAUGACUUGGGCCUCUCAGCGCUACCGGAGAGGCUCCCCUCAGAAACACAGGUACUGCUGCUACAGACAAACAACAUCGUUAAUGUGGAGAAAACUUUGGAUUACUUGGCCAACAUCACUGAAAUCGACUUGUCUCAGAAUAACAUUUCCUCUGUGAGCGAUGUUUGUCUGGGGUCUCUCCCCCAGCUGCUGUCACUCCACAUGGAGGAGAACUGGAUUCAGGAGCUUACUGACAGCUGCCUCACCUCUCUGCCCAACCUCCAGGAGUUCUACAUCAACCACAACCUGAUUUUCUCCAUCAGCCCCAGGGCCUUCCAGGGCCUGGGCAGGCUGCUGAGGCUCCAUCUCAAUUCUAAUCGACUGACAAGUGUCAACAGCCAGUGGUUCCAGCAGCUUCCCAGCCUGGAGAUAUUGAUGCUGGGAGAAAACCCCAUUCUCCAGCUGUCAGACAUGAACUUUAAACCUCUGACUAACCUCAGAAGCCUCGUGCUUGCCCGGAUGAAUCUGACUGAAAUCCCUGACAAUACUCUGGUUGGUCUUGAGAACUUGGAGAGCAUCUCAUUUUUUGACAACCUGCUUAAUCGAGUUCCCCGAGCAGCACUGACAAGAGUCCAGAACCUGAAGUUUCUGGAUUUGAAUAAGAACCCCAUUGAGAGGAUCCAGAGAGGCGACUUCAUGGACAUGAUGCAUCUCAAGGAGCUCGGUAUCAACAGCAUGCCUGAGCUCAUAUCCAUUGACAGUUUUGCCCUGAACAACCUGCCUGAGCUGACAAAAAUCGAGGCCACCAACAAUCCCAGGUUUUCCUACAUCCACCCGAGGGCGUUCCACAAACUCCCCAGGCUGGAAACCCUGAUGCUGAACAGCAAUGCUCUGAGUGCGCUCCAUCACAGCACUGUGGAGUCCCUGCCCAAUCUGCGAGAGGUCAGUCUGCACAGCAACCCCAUCCGCUGUGACUGCGUCAUCCGCUGGGUCAACAUGAACAGGACAGCUGUUCGGUUCAUGGAACUAGACUCCUUGUUCUGUGUGGAGCCUCUGGAGUACCAAGGCCAGCACGUCCGACAGGUACACUUCAGGGAGAUGACAGAGAUCUGCCUUCCUCUGAUCUCACCUGGGAGCCUCCCAGAUCAGGUCGAGGUUGGCAAAGGGAGCUCGGUGUCACUGCACUGCCGGGCGUUUGGAGAACCGGAGCCUGAGAUCUACUGGGUGACGCCGUUGGGUGACCGGGUCUUGCCUGGCAGCGUGUCUGAUAAGUACUACAUGCACCCUGAGGGAACUUUUGACAUCUACGAUGCCUCGGAGCAGGAGGCCGGCUCGUACACCUGCGUCGCCCAUAAUCUUGUUGGGGCAGACCUCAAGUCUGUGACGGUUGUGGUGGACGGAUACUUUGCCCAGCCUUCAAACCAACCACUACGGGUAUAUGCUACAUCUGUUCAGUCUCAUUCUGUGAUGGUUUCCUGGGAAAGUACAGGUGGUUUGGUAUCACAACUAAAUUGGUCCAUAUUAGCCAAAGGCAGUGACCUCUUGAUACCAUUCACUGCCAGGCUUCCUGCAGAUGUCAAAGAGUACCACAUCAAACAGCUGAAGCCAUCCACCUGCUACCAGGUUUGUGUUGAGGUUGGUGCAGCACAGCCUGGAUACAGCAGGGACUGUGUUAACAUCACCACAAAGGAGGCAGCUGUCCUGAGGGAGAAGACAGAGAACUGGGACAGUCUGGUGAUGGUUACCUGUGCUGUGUUUUUUAUUAUGGUUGCUGUGGCCUGCUCUGUCAUCUAUACAUCUCUGUAUAGCCAAGUGUUUUACAGGAAACUGAUAGCAGACCCGACUGAAACACUGCUGAUUCCCGGCACCCAUUCCUCCUCCUCCUCUUCUUUCCUGGAAUUUGGUGUGUCUGGGGUCAAGGUGAGAGCAACUGUAAUAGACUUUGCGGACGACUCCAUGUAA